UUAUGCACACCAUGGCUUUCUGGACUAGUUGGAUUCUUCAUUUUGCCCUCAGCAUCUCUGUGAAAUAUUCACAUGCCCAGACAUCAAAUGUCUGUGGAAGGUCACCUCUCAAUACCAGGAUAGUGGGGGGGCAGGAUGCCCCUGCAGGAUCUUGGCCAUGGCAGGUCAGUUUGCACAUAAGAGGCAGCCACACCUGUGGAGGAACCCUGAUCAGCAGCCAGUGGGUCAUGACUGCCGCGCAUUGCAUUCAAAGCACCACUAGUCUCAGUGAUUGGACCUUAUAUCUAGGGCGACAGACUCAGGAUGUUUCAAACACAAAUGCCAACCCCAAUGAAGUGUCCAGGAAAGUGCAGGUCAUCAUCCGCCAUCCUCAAUAUAAUAACACCUUAUUCAACAAUGACAUUGCCCUAAUGAAGCUGAGCAGUUCUGUCAGCUUCACAAACUACAUUCAGCCAAUCUGUCUGGCCAGCAGUGCCAGCAUCUUCCACAGUAACACCAAGUGCUGGGCCACUGGAUGGGGAAACAUUGGAAAAGAAGUACCUUUGCCAUCACCCAGGAGCCUCCAGGAGGUUGAGGUGCCUGUCAUUGGGAAUAGACAGUGCACGUGUCAGUAUCAGUCUAUCAAGGAUGCACAAAUCACUGAAAACAUGAUUUGUGCUGGUCGGGAGAACAAGGGUAUAUGUCAGGGAGAUUCAGGAGGUCCUCUGCAAUGUAACCAGGGCUCAGUGUGGGUCCAAGCUGGUAUAACCAGUUUUGGGGUUCCAUGUGCCACUCCCAAUAUCUCUGAGGUGUAUGCAAGGGUCUCCACAUUCCAGGAGUGGCUCACAGACACAGUGGGAUCAACUGCUGAGUUUGUGACCUUCACUUCUGCUGGCACUAAUCCAGACAGCAGCUUCAGUUGCACCAAUAGCUCCAGUUUGGUUGCUCCCACAUGGAUCUUGACUCUCCCCUUGCUGGCAAUGGCCAUUGCACAUGCACUCAGAGGGAAUAAUAUAAAGUAUAUAUGAAUACGUACUAUUCAGUUUAAAACCUUGUUUUUUUAAUCACAAUAAAUCAAAGUUGCUUGUUUGACCCCACUAAAUCAAUGACAUUAUGGCAGAUCAAGCU